CGUUUCAUUCUGACUUUUUAGUUUUUUCCAGGGUUUUUUCCUUUGAAAUACUACUGCAAUAAAACAUCUAAGAAUUUUGCGAUCAAUAACUUGACACUAACAGCAUGUUUCGACACUACAGACGCAUGUUGGCUACGGCCUCAGCGGCGGUGCAGGAAAAGAUGAUUGAGGAAGUUGUGAACAUCUAUCGUGAGCUUGCAAAGCUCCCUGUGCCAAGCUCAGGUUCAAUCCUCAAUGGCAAAGGCAAGGCUGUAACAGUGCACUCACAAUGGACCCAGAGAGAUAUCGAGAGGUCAGAGAAGGUCAAGUUCAGUCGGAGUCAUGUUGUCUCAAAGAAUGGUGAUGAGAUGGAGGUCGUAGCAUCUUCAUUUCCCCAGGAUUGUACUAAUGAGAGCUGGAAUAAGGUGUCGCCCUCUGGGAAAUUGAGAGUAAUCAUGCGGAAGGUUCCCAAUAAAAAGGGAGAGGACAAACAAUUUAUUGAGAUAUGGUGUGACAAUCAUAAAACAAAGAACAUUGACGUUCAGAAUUUGGAUAAGCAUGGCAAAGUGUAUGAACCAGACGGUCAGUUUGCCGUAAUGGAAUGGUCGUUCUCGGAACGAAAGCUUCUCUAUAUCGCUGAGAGGAAAGUGACCAAGUCUGCAUCGUACUUUGACAAGAAAACCAAGGAUUCGGAUGAAGAGAGUUGCAAAGCCACUGAGGAAGUUACUAAGGGUGAUGAGCAUGUGUACCGUGAGGAUUGGGGUGAGCAGUUAGUUGGGAAACAUCAUCCGGUGAUCUGCAUAUUGGACUUGGAUUCGGAGGAGGUGGAAAUCCUGAAGUCUGUCCCAGAGGAUGUCUCUCCUGGUCAGGCCACAUGGUGUGCUGAUGAUGCAGGUAUUGUCUUCACCGGCUGGAAUCAUGAGCCCUACAGACUUGGCCUAAUCUACUGCACUCAGAGAAGAUCAGCAAUUUACCACAUUGAUCUGAAGAGUUCUGCCUGCAAUCAACUAAACAGUGGGGAGAACGCUGUCAGGUGUCCAACCUUUAGCUCAGAUCACAGCAUCUUAGUCUGGAUGGAAACAGAUGUUUUAGGACCACAUGCAUCGGAAAAUAAACUUAUCAUGUAUGACUGGAAUACAAAAGAGUCGUCAGUCGUCCUUGAUUACGUCAACAGUUCACAAGGUGAUGACUUCCCUGGUCUGUUCACUGGUAGUUUCCCUGCGAGGUGCUGGUCGUCUGAUAACAAGAGGCUGAUAACCCACUCGGGUUGGAGAAGUAGGAGUGAAAUAAUUGUGAUAAAUGUCGAAACCAAGAAAGUGAUAAGGCUAACCAAUGAUGCAUUGUUUGGUAACUGGAUUGUACUGGAUGUUUGUGACGACCUCAUUCUGGCUCACCGCUCAUCCCCUUGUCAACCUCAUGCUAUGGUGCUUGGACAUCUGCCAGCUUCUGGAAAGGAGACUGACAUAAAAUGGAUGCCUUUGGAGUCGGAGGCGGUCGUAUUCGAAGAUAUCAAGUGGGAAGUCAUACGCCAUCAAGUCCCCAGUGAUGCCAUAAAUCCCAAAUACCCGUCUGUGAUAGAUUAUGAGAGUAUUCUAUAUCAGCCAGCGAACACCAGCCAGGAGGAUAAACCCCCAUUGGUGUUGUUCCCGCACGGCGGUCCUCAUUCGAUGUUUACAGCAGAGUUUAUGCUGUACGCUGCUGGGUUGUGCAAGUGUGGCUUUGCUGUGCAAAUGGUCAACUUCCGAGGAUCCUUAGGGUUUGGUCAGGAUAACGUCUAUUCUCUCCUGGGAAAUGUAGGAUCUCAAGAUGUAAAAGAUUGUUAUAGAGUUCUUGAGGAAACGUUAGAAACAAAGCCGGUGAACCGAGAGAAGCUGUGUGUAAUGGGAGGAUCGCACGGUGGAUUCCUUACUGCUCAUUUGAUUGGUCAAUAUCCUGAUACUUUCAAAGCAGCUGUGUGUAGAAAUCCUGUGAUAAAUGUUGGGUCGAAGACAUAUACUAGUGACAUACCAGAUGUGACAUGUACAGAAACCUUCGGUGUUGGCCACUUUGACUACAAGGACUCAGCGAGACCAGAAGAUUAUGAGGCAAUGUGGAAACAUUCACCUAUUAGCCAUUGUGACAAGAUGAAAACUCCGACAAUGAUUAUGCUGGGCAGUAAUGACCUUAGGGUUCCACCAAAACAAGGUCUGGCAUUCUACAAAGCACUAAAAUCCAGAGCUGUACCAGUCAGGGUGUUGAUGUAUGCAGACAACUCGCAUCCUCUAAACAAGGUGGACACAGAAGCGGAUGCAUUCGUCAAUAUUGUUCACUGGUUUGUUAAGCAUCUUUAAAAUUCGAUACGGAGUAGGGUUCUUUUCAAAAUUACUUUAAGGGGCCAAAUGUACUUUGGCAAGAAAUUAGAUUACAAUCAAACUGAUAUGCAUUCUCUCUUCCAAAAGUACGAAAUAGAUCACAAAGUGAAUGUUUGAAAAAAGGUCAUUACCACUUGAUGUUAUAUCCUUUAAAACUACAAUGCUGCCACUUAAGUCCUACUAAAUGACCCAAAGCAUUUACAAAAACAUAUCGUGAACUUAUGUGCUAUGCAUAAAAUUGCAAGUGGUGCUCUGCAUAAAAUUGCUUAAAACUAUCCUAGUGGUGCUAUGCAUAAAUUGCUUAAAAGUAUUGUUUCAGUGUGUCCUUUAGUGUCAGUAGGCAUGGCAUUAUUUUGAAAGUGUUACAUGAUUAACCAUUGAUAUAAGAGUAUUGUUCUGCUUGCGAUAUACAAUGUUGCAUCAUGUGAUUUGUUGCUCAUAUUACUGUUUCAAUUUUGAUGAGUUGCCGAACACCUUUGGUCCAAAUAUGACCGAACUUAGGCAGAAACGGCGCUCUCCUGAUCCAAAUGCAGGUCAUAGGUCUUUACUUAUUGAAUAUUUAGGCCCUGCAUCUUUUUGUUAAAGGUCGACGCCGUUUGAUAAAAAUUUGAAAUUUGUACUCUGUGUGAUAAUUUCAAAUUGCAUUGCCUUUGUGUAGACAUAUAUACAAAUACUAUGAAUGCCAAGUUUCAGCAAAUUUGUAUGCAUGAUAACUGCACUACGGCAUUGUGUAUAACUGCAUUACCCCUUUAAAGAGUAAUUAGAUCAGAACCACAUUUUUUCAUUUCCGUAGACACAGUUAUAGUGAUGACCCAGGAACCUCAGGUGGUAUAUGACUACUGUUAGCUAGUAAAUAUUCCUCGAUAUUUUGUGAGAUCCUUCACAAUAAAUGAGAUAAGUAAUCAAUUGCGUGA